CACAAGAGAGGAGGAGUGGAGGGAGGCUGGGCUGGUGGUUUGGUUCAAGUCUUGUUCUGUUCAUGGCAUGCAUUAACAUGUUCAAUCCGGAUCAUCCCAGCCUCCACGACGCGGCGAUGAGCCCGCGCAUGUCGUUCUCGAGCGACUUCAACAUGCAGCCGCCGCCAGCGCGCACCCCUGGCCCGCCGCCGGACUCCGACUUCGAGUUCUCCGUCGGGAGCCACCCUAUGAUGGCCGCCGACCAGCUCUUCUUCAAGGGUCGGCUUCUUCCUCUCAAGGACAACCAUCAAUGCGGAGGCCACAGGAUUACCACACUCCGCGACGAGCUCCGUGCCGACGGCAGCGGGGAGCGGCUGCCUAAGGGGUCCAUCAAGUGGAGGGGCCUCCUUGGGCUCAGGAAGACUGCGGCGAAGAAGGGUGACAAGAAGGAAGACGAGCUCCCGGGCAAGUCUCCACAGGAUCUAUGAAUCCAACGACGACGGAGCCUAAUCUCCGGUCAGGGAGGAGGUGUGCAGUAAAUAGAACGCUUCUGCUUCAUCUCACUCUGAUGCUGCUGUCGUUCGCUUGGGUGAAAAGGUUGUGGAAACUGGGAUUUGAGAGGGAGCUCCUUCGAUUUUUUUCCAAGUUAGCAGGGAUGACCGUGAAGAAACUUUGAGUCGUUCGUGUGGGGUUGGUUGGAUGGCAUUAACUCUUCCAUUAAUCUGUGCUUUGUUCUUUUGGGAAGGAAAUCCACAGCAUUUUCGGACCAGGGUGGUAUUCAGCUGUCUUCUUUCCAUAUCAGUUCCAUCUGUACAAAUCUGCGCAGCUGGAAACUUAAUGGUGCUCUGAGCCUGAGUUGAAAUCUCUGUCCAUGACUUUGAUCUGACAUCAAUCUUGCUUGGCCCCUCUAGGGUUUGGUGCUGUCCUUACCCCUGUCCUUAGAGGUGGAGCAACAGAGACUGAGAACGUGCAUGCUAAUAAUAUAUUUUGAAUCGACUCCUGUCUCCUUCAUCUCCAAAGCAAUCUUAAUUACUUAGCUGUUACACCCAGAACUGAACUCUUCUCUUCUUCCCGUCAUUGACAUCUCGAUUCAUAAUGAUAGAAGAAGACAAAGAAGUAAACUAAGUUAAGAGAGGCAGUAGGC